CUGUUGUUUUUGAGUACACAGGCGUUUCAGAGCUCAAACCCACAGCCACACUGCCACCACCAUGAGAGAGUUCAAGAGCAAAGACUUCUGGAGGGCCGUUCUGGCCGAACUGGUCGGCAUGACCCUUUUCAUUUUCCUCAGCAUCUCUGCAGCUAUUGGGACCAAGAACACCCAGGAGGUGAAGGUGUCGCUGACCUUCGGACUGGCCAUCGCCACGCUGGCCCAGAGUUUAGGCCACAUCAGUGGAGCCCACCUGAAUCCUGCAGUUACCUUCGGGAUGCUCGCCAGCUGCCAGAUCAGCUUGUUCAAGGCGGUGAUGUACAUUGUGGCCCAGAUGCUGGGUUCAGCUCUGGCCAGUGGCAUCGUGUAUGGGACACGUCCAGGUGACACUAAAGUACUGGGGCUCAACUCUCUCAACGGUGUCACUCCCAGCCAAGGCGUUGGCAUAGAGCUCCUGGCAACCUUCCAGCUGGUGCUGUGUGUCAUUGCAGUCACUGAUAAAAGGCGGCGUGAUGUCACCGGUUCAGCACCCUUGGCCAUUGGCCUCUCGGUCUGCCUGGGACACUUGGCAGCUAUCAGCUACACAGGCUGUGGCAUCAAUCCCGCUCGCUCCUUUGGUCCGGCUUUGAUCCUGAACGAUUUCACAAACCACUGGGUGUACUGGGUGGGGCCGAUGUGUGGUGGUUUGGCUGCAGCUCUCAUUUACGAUUUCCUGCUGUCGCCCAAAUACGACAACUUCCCUGAGCGCAUGAAGGUCCUGGUCAGCGGCCCAGUGGGCGACUACGACGUCAACGGAGGCAACGACAACGCGACUGUGGAGAUGACGUCGAAAUAGUCCCAUACAGCCAAGACCACUUUCAUUGUACAUGUUUAUGCUCCUGUAAAAAAAAAGCUAUUGAAUUUAUUUAGUGUAGGAUCUCAGUGUUUUUGUGCUAUUUUGUAAUACCUUUGAGGAUUUUUGGCGUCCCUCUUAAGUAGAAUUCACUCCUUUUGUUCGACCCCUAGACAAGCUGCUCAAGCCAACAAGUCAAGGAUGUGAGAAGCUUCACAAAGCAGUGGGCUGAAAUGUUUUCCAAUAUCAGUAUUCUUAUGACAAGCCAUUUUCUUUUUUUUGUAUACCCUAUGUGUCUAUUUCACUUUUUUAUUUCUGAUGUAUAAUGUUUUGUGUGUACACUCUUGAAAUGUCUCUCACUUUUUUAAGUAAAUAAAACACUUGUUGUUAACA